AUGCCUUUCAAGAUACCGAAUGACGGUGUCACUAUUACGGUCAAAUCCGACAACGGGCACCUUGUUCCGAUCGAGCUCAAUGAUCGCGUACUCAGAAACUGUCCGGUAAUCAACGCAAUGCCCUCGGGUAUCAUACUACCAAACGUGCAAGUGAAGCCUUUUCAGGUCGUGACGAAUUAUCUGGAUGGCGACCAUCUCCCAUCGGUCUUCGCGAGUCACGUCGACAGUAGUGCGCCUUUGCUCCUCUUCGCUCAAACGUGGGCGCUCGCGGCGCGACUUGGUCUUCCUAUCUUGCAGAAUGAGCUCAUAUCGGUUAUGACCGAUAUUCACGCCAGAAUCAUUAACGGGAGCGGAACAGACUCGCAUUGGCAGAACACUGCCGAUGGGUCUCUCGUCAAAGCUUUCCUGCAUCUUCGAGAACAGGUCGGGGCGAAUAGUCAUGCCGAAAAGUUCCUUAUAUGCUUCGUCGGCAAAACGGCACCGUUCAUCAGCGAACUGGAACAAAAUCUCACCCGCGAACAUCUCGACCCUGCUAUCCGAAACGAAAUAUUGGAGAAAGCACGAUCCUUCGGUCAGGAUCCCAUUAAACAUCAACCACAAAUGUUCCGUAUCAAUCCUCAACAGCCACCAAAAUAUCGACCCCUUGAGCAAGACUGUAACGACACAGGGUACACAUCGCAGGCCAUCAAUUUCGAUGAUCGCAAUCUUCCCACUGGCGCUGGUGUUAACGUGAUCCGACUGACAGGUCAAGACCCAGGCGGCCCACGAUCGCUACCUUCCCCGGCCAAUCAUCAUCAUGACACCACAUUACCCUACAUCAUCCAAAUCACGCAGCACAACGAUAACGCUCAUGGAAACGGGAACCACACUCACUAUGGCGACAAACACAGUACGACUGCACAUGCUCAGGGUGGUAGUAGUGGACGCUCAAAUCGGACUGUACGAGCAGUAGCGGAUAGCGGAGAACGGCGCUACAAGCUCAUCAGGGAGAGGAAGGGAAAGCAAUCCAAAUGGUUUUCGCUUUUGGCAUACGGCAGCAAGUACUACUAG